CUACACCGCCUCCAUUCCUUUCUCUUUCUCUAUCGACCAGUCUGCACUUGGCCCUGUCUGAGGAGCUCGCAGCCUUGGCUUUCCCCUUGCAGCACAGCUGAAGAGGGGCGCUUCUACGGACCCCAUCUGCAUCCUAAAACCGUUCUGUGUAACUAAAGGACUCAGUAAGCGCCGUGUGCGAUGUUGAGACUCAUCUUUUUGGCCGCUCUCACCGGGUUCUCUCGAGCCAGUGAUGUGCUUGAGUACACGGAUGACGAUUUCGAAAGCAGGAUCGGAGACCAUGAGCUCAUUCUCGUGGAGUUCUUUGCCCCUUGGUGUGGCCAUUGUAAACGCUUGGCACCUGAGUACGAGGCAGCAGCCACACGUUUGAAAGGCAUCGUCCCACUGGCCAAGGUUGACUGCACUGCCAACAGCAACACAUGCAGCAAAUAUGGCGUCAGUGGCUACCCAACCCUCAAGAUCUUCAGGGAUGGCGAUGAAUCUGGUCCCUAUGAUGGUCCCAGAACUGCAGAUGGGAUUGUCGGCUUCCUGAAGAAGCAGGCUGGUCCAGCUUCUGUGGUGCUCAAGGACAACGCAGACCUAGAAAAGUUUCUUGCAGAUCAAGAUGCAAGUGUUGUCGGAUUCUUUGCUGAUGACAAGAGCCAAGAACAGGCUGAGUUCCUGAGGGCAGCGAGCGCCUUGAGGGACAACUACCGCUUCGCCCACACAAACGCUGAGGCUCUCCUCAAAAGCCAUGACAUUGAGGGAGAGGGAGUCAUUUUGUUCCGUCCACCCCAACUCAACAACAAGUUUGAAGACAGCUCGGUCAAAUUCAGUGAGGAUAAAUACACCAGCAACAAAAUCAAGAGAUUCAUCCAGGACAACAUCUUUGGAUUCUGUCCCCACAUGAAUGACAACAACAAGGACCAGCUGAAAGGGAAGGACCUUCUGGUGGCUUAUUAUGAUGUUGACUAUGAGAAAAACCCUAAAGGCUCCAACUAUUGGAGGAACAGGGUGAUGAAGGUGGCAAAGGGCUUCCUGGUUCAGGGCAAGAAGCUGAACUUUGCUGUAGCUAACAAGAACAUGUUCAGCCACGAGUUGUCUGAGUUUGGCCUGAAUCCCAGUGGCGAACUGCCUGUCGUGGCCAUCCGCACCGCUAAAGGAGACAAAUACACCAUGACUGAGGAGUUCUCUCGUGAUGGAAAAGCUCUGGAGCGUUUCUUGCAGGACUACUUUGAUGGCAAGCUGAAACGCUAUCUCAAAUCAGAACCCAUCCCAGAGGACAACGAUGGACCUGUUAAGGUUGUGGUGGCUGAAAACUUCGACUCCAUUGUUAACGAUGACAGCAAAGACGUGCUGAUUGAAUUCUACGCUCCGUGGUGCGGGCACUGCAAAAACCUGGAGCCCAAAUACACAGAGCUGGGAGAGAAGCUGGCCGAUGAUCCUAACGUCGUCAUUGCCAAGAUGGACGCCACAGCCAAUGAUGUGCCAUCUCCAUAUGAAGUCAGCGGAUUCCCUACAAUCUACUUUUCUCCAGCUGGACGCAAGUUGAGCCCAAAGAAAUAUGAGGGAGGUCGCGAGGUGAGCGACUUCAUCUCCUACCUGAAGAGGGAGGCCUCAAACCCGCUGGUGAUGCAGGAGGAGCCCAAGAAAAAGAAGAAGAAGAAGUCAGAGCUAUAAAAGCUCCAAACAGGAACUCAGCAGCACCCCUCCCUACCUCCACCACAACAGGAGGAUUGGGGAAGAAAAAGAACUAAAUUAUAUUCCUCUCUUAGUGAACUACCGAAUGGUCUGAAGUCAAAGACGUGGCCCUUCCUUUAGGUCCUCGUUGCACUGGGAAUGCUGUGGAAGGUGGAGAGGUUUUGGCCAGGGUCUGCCCAAUAUUUCAAAACAAACCAAUUUUUAGGGAAGAUGGGAUGACUUUUUAAACAUGAGAUUUCUAUUUCCCCUGGUCUGUCUACUACACCUCAGGCUGAUGCACUUUGGUUUGAUACAGUCUGUCAUCUGUCGCUUUAGUUUCUUGUUGUUGUCAUCAAAGGGGAUCAUGAUAAUGGUGAACUUUUCUUUUCUUUUUUUUUUUUCUUUUUUCUUUUUUUUUUUUUUUGUAACAUGCCUUUGAUUUUGUACAUUUGGAAGGAUUGUGAAAUAAAAAGGCCCACAAAACCAAAAUGAA